AUGGAUCCCAACGACCAGACGCCGGCGACGCCCGAUGCACCAGACAAGGAGACGAUGGAGCAGAUUCGGCGACGGAGGCUGGCUAAGCUAGGUGGUCCUCCGGCUCCGGUACCGGCCGAGACAACAUCUUCCUCCUCAGCCCCGAGCUCAUCACAGCCUGCGAAGCCCGAAACCGAAAGGAGAGAUGCUGGCGCCGAGCAGUCCUCGUCAAUAGAGACCCGCCCCACCAUCAACAUCUCGCCGGCGCCCCCGGCACCCGCAGCAACCCCACAGAGCGUAGAUAGCAGCGCAUCAGGUAUUACAGACAUCACAGACACCCGAGCAAAGAGACGAGCAUCAGAGAUUGAUGGGCCCGCAGCGACGGCACCGCCUCGGAAGCAAACACCGCUGCACCGCGAAGAGACGUUCGAGGAGUACACGGACCGGAUCCUAGGCGCCAUCUUCCGCGUGACGGUCGAUCCGGACCGUACGACCGAUAGCCAUGGUCGCCAGUUUACCUUCUUGCCGAAUCUCCACCAGGAGCUGCAGGACGAGGGGCUACCGCUCAGGCUGGAUGCCAGCCGGCUGGAACAGAUCAUCAUGGAGGCGGGGACCGAGUUCCAGCACGACCGGCCGCUGUUCGACUACCUUUUGGCUUGCUGGAAGAGGGUGGUCAAGACGCUUAAGAUGCUCCGUGGCCCGGCACCCCAAAAAGAGGCGCUCCUGAAGGAGGCAAAGAGGUUGUGCUUUAGCAACUGCAUCUUUGCGCUGACGAUGCCUGAGCUGUUUGGGCGAGAACCUAAUCCCUCGCACGACACCCUUGUGCCGUGGCUCCUGCGCGAGGUCGAGAGCGAGAAUGGCUUGUGCAUGGACUUCUACGUAGAGGCCGUGGCACGCCUGGACGAGGACGAUACUAUUGCUCCGCUAUUUACUAAGGGGAUGGUGGACAUUAGCAGCAAGCUCUCGACGAUGAGUAUGAACGAUGAUUAUAAGCCUUAUGUCAAUGCUCUUUUGACGUAUUCGAGGUUCCCCCCUCUAUUAAACGCCUUGGCACAGCACCCUUGCUUCCAGAUGGCACAGUCGGCACCCGGGAUUGAAAAGAACACCAUCCUUGGGCCCUUUUUUAGGAUAUCACCCCUGCAACCAGAGGUGACUACGGUAUACUUCUCCGGACCGAGGACAAUGGACAAGGCCCGCAUACAGACCUCCCAGAGCGCCCUCCAGAUGACACUUGGAGCCCACCAAACGGAUCUCAAGACCAUCAUAAAUGCCUUUAUCCGAGCAAGCCCUGAAACUCGGAACAGGGUGCUGGACUGGUUCGCAUACAUCAUGAAUGCCAAUCACAAGAGGCGCGCUAUUCAGGUGGACCCGAGAGAGGUCUCGUCAGACGGCUUCAUGAUGAACGUGACUGUCAUUCUCGACUGCCUGUGCGAGCCCUUUAUGGACAGCACAUUCUCCAAAGUCGGUCGCAUUGAUAUCAACUACUUCAGGAGGAAUCCGAGGAUAGACAUUAAGGAUGAGACAAAACUCAACGCAGAUCAAGCGCAGUCAGAUGCCUUCUACGCGACCAAGGUCGAUGGCGAAUCCAACUUCAUCACUGAAGUCUUUUUCUUGACUCUUGCUGCACAUCACUAUGGCAGCGAAGCGGCGAACUCCAAGAUGAAGAAUCUCGACAGGGAUAUCAAGUACUACGAAAAGAACAUUGCCAUGAUGGAGGCGGAGCGUCCAAAACUGGUUAAUCGCCCAGACCAGCUGCGUAUGCUGGAUGCGGCGCUCAAGCGGCACACGACCGUCUUGGAAAUGUCCAUGGCCUUGAAGUUCUCUAUUGAGGGGAUUCUGCUGGAACAGAAGAUGCAGAGCCGGUCUCUGCAGUUCAUGCGUUAUGUGACUGUCUGGCUGCUUCGGGUGGCCAGCCGGACAGAGUACACCCCCGACAAACCUCUUCGGCUUCCCCUGCAGUCCGACCAACCCGAGGCAUUUAGGUGUCUGCCUGAGUACGCACUGCAGGACAUUGUCGAUAACUUCAAGUUCGUCUUCCGGUACAUCCCACAGAUUAUUCUUUCGGCAGUCGGCGACGAGAUGAUUGCGUUGUGCAUCACUUUCCUCGAAUCUUCCGAGUACAUCAAGAAUCCGUACCUAAAGUCGUCUCUCGUUACGCUGCUUUCUCACGGGACAUGGCCGACGUAUCAUCUUAAGAAAGGGGUACUCGGCGAUCUCAUGACCAACACCAAGUUCGCCAACGACUACCUUUUGCAUGCUGUCAUGAAGUUCUACAUUGAGUGCGAGUCGACUGGCGCACACACUCAGUUUUACGACAAAUUCAAUAUCCGAUAUGAGAUCUUCCAGGUCAUCAAAUGUAUCUGGACCAACGACGUAUACCGGCAGCAGCUGGUUCAGUCGAGCAAGACAAACCGAUCCUUCUUCGUCCGCUUCGUCAACCUGCUCUUGAACGAUGCCACUUAUGUCCUUGACGAAGGCCUCAGCAAAUUCCCCAAAAUUCACGACUUGCAAGUUCGGCUUAGGGACCCCAACCUCUCGCAACAAGAACGCGAAAAGACCGAGGAAGAUCUCAAGGCGGCUGAGGGACAAGCCACAUCGUUCAUGCAGCUUGCCAACGAGACGGUCAGCAUGAUGAAGCUCUUCACCACCACCAUCAGCGAGUCCUUCACCAUGCCCGAAAUCGUCCAGCGGCUCGCCGGUAUGCUCGACUACAACCUCGACAUCCUUACAGGUCCCAAAUCCAAAACCCUCAAGGUCGAGAACCCGGAGAAAUACUUUUUCAAUCCCAAAACCCUCUUGCCCGAGCUCGUCGACAUCUACAUCAACCUCGGCUCAAGCGAUGCCUUCAUCGAGGCCGUCGCCGCGGACGGCAGGUCCUACAAGGCCUCCAUCAUGUCCAUGACGGCCUACAUCCUGCGCAGCAAACACCUCAAGGACGAGAAGGACAUCCUUGCGUGGGAGGCGCUGUCUGCCAAGUUUGAAGAGGCGAAAGAGAGGUUGGACCGUGCCGAGCUGGAUUACGACGAUGCCCCGCCCGAGUUUGAGGAUCCCAUCAUGGGCAUCCUCAUGUCCGACCCCGUCAUCCUCCCGUCAAAGCAUGUUGUUGAUCGGUCGACUAUCACCCAGCACCUGCUGAGCGAUCCCAAGGACCCUUACACGCGACAGCCUAUGACUAUUGAUGAUGUUGUCCCGGAUGAGGAUUUGAGAGGCCGUAUUGAGGCGUGGAAGGCGGAAAGGAGGCAGAUGGCGAAGGAUAAGGAUAAGGCUGCGGCCGGGGUUGGUGGGCAGCGGGUGGAGAGGAUGGAUACUACAGAAGGGUAG